CUCACCAGAGCCGCCAUUUUUUAUUAUCCACCACAGCACUCGACCACCGUCGUCCUCUUCCUCGACAAGUACUAAAAUAUAGUAAUUAAAAAAGAAAAAAAAAAUCCAUGUUGAAACCAGCAACAUCGUCAGCGUCAUCACCCGAGCAAAUUUCUUCUGACAGAAAUGAGCCGAAAUACAAAGGUGUAAGAAAGCGAAAGUGGGGGAAAUGGGUGUCGGAAAUCCGGUUGCCGAACAGUCGGGAAAGAAUCUGGUUAGGAUCUUACGACACACCGGAAAAGGCAGCGCGAGCAUUUGAUGCAGCUUUGUAUUGUCUACGUGGCCGAGGUGCAAAAUUCAAUUUUCCAGAUAAUCCCCCGGAUAAUAUUGACGGUGGACAGUCACUGAGUCCACAAGAAAUCCAAGCGGUAGCGUCUAGGUAUGCAAAUGAGAACCCGAACCCAAAUGCAACCACAACUAGGAUGAGUCGCACAGGAGAAUCAUCAUCGCAAGCAAUGGAUCAGUACGCUUCGUCGUCUGAGGACAAUGCAAUAGAUUGGUCGUUUCUUAACUCACUGGGUUCUAACGAAGGUGUUUCAAAAUUUGAACUUUAUUCAGUACUGGAUAAUAUGGGUAAUGAAUAUUUUCCUCCGCCACCGCCACCGCCAUUUGAUGACGGUGAAGAUCAUAAUACUGGGAACGAUGAUCAUAAUGGGGACGAGGAUUAUUCACAGCAAUCAUUUCUUUGGAAUUUUAAUUGAAGUAAGUUCGGCGAAUUUUAGCUGCUGGAGUUGCUGAUUCUCUCUUUUUUUUUUUUUUUUUUUUUUUGCUGGAGG